AUGAGCAGCUGGGAGGCGGUUGCCGGCAAUCUCUACACCGUGUUCCUCAACGGCGGGCCUCAGACGUUGGUAUGGGGCUUCCUCCUCGUCUGGCCGGGUGCAAUAUCACAGGCAGCCUCGAUGGCUGAGAUGGCCUCCGUACAGCCUAUUGCUGGAGCAAUGUAUCACUGGACUUACGCACUACCGCCGAGCAGUAUCACGCGCUUUGCGACCUGGCUCCAAGCAUGGAUCACUUGGGCUGGCUGGAUCGGUAUGUCUGUCGGAAUAGGGACUGUGACUGCUUCCUGGAUCAUCAAUCUUGCACAGCUGCACUAUGCGAACUAUGAAGCGAAGCUAUGGCAUACCACUCUCAUCAUCGGGGCAAUGCGAUUGAUGACAACCCCUAUUAAUUUAUCCAGAUUCGGCAAGCUUGUGCCAUGCAUCGAGACCGUCGCGGGCUGCUUUCACGUCAUGUUCUGGGUCGUGUUCUGCGUGGUCCUACUUGCGACAGCCCCAAAGCACGAUGCGAACUUCGUCUUUUUCAGUCGCGUGUCUACACCGCUUAUGUCAUGA